AUGGCUAACAUCCGAAAAACACACCCCCUUCUUAAAAUUAUUAAUGGAGCAUUUAUUGAUCUUCCAGCACCCUCUAACAUCUCCGUAUGAUGAAAUUCUGGCUCACUCCUUGGCCUCUGCCUAAUCACACAGAUUCUAACAGGAUUAUUUCUCGCAAUACACUACACAGCUGACAUCUCAACAGCCUUCUCCUCCGUCGCCCACAUCUGUCGAGAUGUUAACUACGGAUGACUAAUUCGAAACAUUCAUGCAAACGGAGCCUCCUUUUUCUUCAUCUGCCUCUACCUUCACGUAGCCCGAGGCAUAUACUAUGGCUCAUACCUCUACAAAGAAACCUGAAACAUCGGAGUAGUUCUCCUACUCCUAACUAUAAUAACCGCCUUCGUAGGAUAUGUGCUCCCAUGAGGACAGAUAUCCUUCUGAGGGGCCACCGUAAUUACCAACCUUCUUUCCGCCUUCCCCUACAUCGGGGACACCCUAGUACAAUGAAUCUGAGGUGGUUUCUCAGUAGACAACGCCACCCUAACCCGAUUCUUCGCCUUCCACUUCCUUCUGCCAUUCGUAAUUGCAGGCGCAAGCAUAAUCCACCUCCUAUUCCUUCAUCAAACAGGAUCAAACAACCCAACAGGAUUAAACUCAGACGCAGACAAAGUACCAUUUCACCCAUAUUUUUCAUACAAAGACCUACUCGGAUUCAUCCUGAUACUAAUCGGACUCACCGCCAUUGCACUCUUUUCCCCAAACCUCUUAGGAGACCCAGACAACUUCACACCCGCCAACCCCCUCGUCACACCCCCACACAUCAAGCCAGAGUGAUACUUCCUCUUUGCCUACGCCAUCCUCCGAUCCAUCCCCAACAAACUAGGUGGGGUACUGGCCCUACUUUUCUCCAUCCUAGUACUAAUACUAGUACCAAUCCUCCACACCUCCAAACAACGAGGAAACACAUUCCGACCACUCUCCCAAAUCCUCUUCUGAACCCUAGUAGCUGAUAUGUUAGUACUCACAUGAAUCGGGGGCCAACCAGUCGAACACCCAUUCGUCCUAAUCGGACAAGUUGCCUCCACGAUCUAUUUCGCCCUAUUCCUAGUUGCUCUCCCCCUAACCGGUUGACUAGAAAACAAAAUCCUAAACUGAAACU